AUGUCUCAUCUCGCGCGUCCUAUCAUUUCGCAUCCGUGCACUGUUUGCGGCGAACCGACUCACAACUGGUGCAGUCGCUGCCAGGCGACCUGGUACUGCUCGACGGACCACUUGAAUGCGGACUGGCGCCGCCAUCGCCAGACGUGCGUUCCAUUCGUUGCCCAGCAGCCACUCUCCCCGACGGCCUCGCCCAUCCAUUUCACUCCAGAUGCCUCCCCACAACCCGCAUCGAGUGCAACAUUUUCGGCACUUUUCUUCCCCGCAGAUGAGGACAGACCGCGCGUCGUGCGCGUCAACUGCACCCCAGCAUCGCCCCGGAGCAUGUCCUCUGCAGCUUCGAAUGCCUCGAGUGCGAGUGGACGAAGCGUCACUCCUCCCCAGCAGCAGGCCCAUGCACUCGCCAUUGCCGCUACUGCCGCCAGACCGUGCCAGUGGGAUGCAGACACAAAGCCCUGGCUGCAAUCUGCCAACGUCGGUAGCGUUGUCUUGACCCACGGUCUUAAUGGAGAACCUCUCCGGUUCCCUCUCCAUCUCUUUUACGUCCCCGAUGCCCUCGCAAAGGGAACUCCUGUCAAUCGAUCCAUCUACAAGCUCACAAACGGGCUGGCACCACGAAAGUGGAGUGGAAACGUCAUCGCCCUCAAGUACAGCGGUACAAGACGCCAGGCUUAUUCAGACUGCACUACAAACGACUUGCCUGCGCUCGUCUCCUACUUCCUUUCCUUUGUCUAA